AUGAUAGCUACACCGGAGAGCGGAAGAGAUCCGGAGCGUGGCAACGUCCGGUUGAUCGUUUGGAAAGUCUGUUUAAUAUUGGGUCUGCUGGUAACGGCUGCGUGUGCCGAGAAGAAAAUUAAUUUAGAAGAUAUCGAGAGGGAUACUUUGAGGGCGGAGAAUAAAGCCAAGGUCGAGACCAUUCGCACUGAUGAGACAAAGUACGCCGUCAAACCCAACGUUAAUCAUCAGCAGUAUCAAAUACCGAGCCAAUACAAUAUCUUAGGUGGCCAUUCCGACGCGUACAUCUCCCCUCAGCAGCUUCAGGACAUAAAAUAUAGCCAAGUGCCACCUGAAGCAUAUAUUCAACCUAAUCAGUAUGCUGUACAGGAAACACAAUACAGACAGCCAAACCAAAUUCUGCUGCAGCAGAAUAUUCCGUCAGUACAAUAUUACAGCGAAUAUCAGCAGCAAACGGAAGCACCGGCGAAAACUGCUGCUCCCAUCGCCUUUGAAUCCCAAAAAUUAAACUAUCAGCCGGAAAUAGUAGUGGGCAAUCACAUUCAAAGUGUUCAGCAGAAGGCUGUCACGGAAAAAUAUACAAAACCUGUUAAUAGAGAACCCAUUUAUUUCGAUGUUCCGGCAACACAGCUGCUUUCUUAUUAUCCUCAUUUGAAUAUUAAUCCCUUGGUGAAUCUAAAAAGUACCAAAUUGGCACAACCAUCAUUACAUCAGUUAGCCAGCAGCACUCAACAAAUUUCCAUACCCGUGUAUGCUCCUAUAUACAAUCAAAAUCAAUUGAUCCCAUCCGCAAAAUUACCUUAUUCCACGAUCGUGCCAGCACCUCUCACGACCAAAAUAACAAAAGGACCAGUUGCUCUCCCAGUUACAUCAAAGAAGAUCCAUUCCUCCUCUGCAACACAGCUUACAACGCCUUUGUACGUUCAACCUCAACAAUCGUUUGCUCAUGGAAAGACAUUGUUGCACACACAAGCUUAUAUUCAACCGCAGCUUUCGCAACCGCAAUAUGUGCAGCAAUUAGUUUAUGCGCAGCCCGGUAUAAUCUAUAACGACCCCACUGCCGCUUACAGCGAUCUUUACUCCCGCUUACCGGUGCAAUACAUUCAGGACAAUUUCCUUCGCGGACAAGCAAAUCAGUAUCAAACCCAGCAACAGUUGUACGUUGCGCAGCAGAUCGCUCAGGAAGCGCCGAAAGAAAUUUUGCAGGAACAAGUCAGCCAAGAUCUUCCACAGAAUUAUGUCAAGGUUGACGAGCCCAAAACUCACUUCGUGCCGCCGCAAUUGCCUCCGCAGGAUUUCAAAUCCAGCAUUGCGCAAUUGCAGCCCUACGAGGAUGAACAAUCCGUGCCAGUGCAGGAUCAUUCCUUACCCUCGGAGCCAAGGUCGCUACUCGACUCGUACAUUCCGAGCAAUGUCAUCGCUGCGCAGGAUUCCGCUAGGUACAGAGAAAGGCCGAUAAAACUGGAAGGAGGUUUUCUCCCGUCGAAAGUGAAUUUCGCACUUAAGAAGCGCAAGUCUGAGUAA